AACCAACAGCUGAAAGUAUUAUAACGAUGAAUUUUCUCAUAAUAUUAUUCAUUUUGGCAGUGAUACAAAAUAUAAAAAGUGAAAUUGCUUCCGAAUCGCCAACACCAGCUACAAAUGGUGAAGUUAUUGUUAAAACUAAAAUAUCUAAGAAAAAAGAAGAAGAAUCACAGCCAGCAGCAGUUAGUGUUGCUAGCACCAAUACUACGAAGGCAGCUACUCCUACUCCUUUAAGUGUUAAGAUAAAAGUUUAUGAUGAUAGUGGAGUGAAGAAAAAUAUUAGUGAUUUAAGUGAAAGACAAGUCCAACAAGAACUCUUCCUAAAACAACUAUUCAACGAUGUAGCCUUCAUCAAGAGAUCCCUUAUAAAGAUCGUCAACCAAAAUCCCGAUUGGACGGUCAUACAAAGAAGACAAGAUGGUUCUGAAGAUUUCUAUCGCACCUGGGAUGAAUACAAAGAAGGUUUUGGUAAUCCUCAUGGAGAAUUCUUUAUUGGUCUCGAUAAUCUUUACGAAAUGACAGCGGCAGCACCACAGGAAUUGUUAAUUAUAUUGGAAGAUUUUGAAAAUCAAACACGUUAUGCUAAAUAUGAUAGAUUUGUAUUAGGCAGUGAAGAUGAUAAAUUUACUAUAGUCGAAUUGGGAGAGUAUAGUGGUAAUGCUGGUGAUUCAAUGACUUAUCAUAAGGGAAGAAAAUUCUCAACAAAAGAUCAGGAUAAUGAUAAUAAUCCAACAUCAAAUUGUGCUAAAGAUUAUAAAGGAGCCUGGUGGUUUGAUAAUUGUUAUUCAAGUCAUUUGAAUGGUCCUUAUUUCCGUGGUAAACGGUCUUGCAGAGGUGGCAUUAACUGGUAUCAAUGGCAUAAUUAUAUGUAUUCUUUAAAAUUUGUAGAAAUCAUGGUAAGACCUAUAGCAGAAGAAGAGGAGUAGAGCGAAUUGUUGAUAAAAUUUAUAACAAAAAAUUUAUGUAUUUUAUUAGAUUUUAAGUGAAAUUUAAUGUUUGAAUAAAAAAUUUCAUGUUGUUGUAA